AUGCACACCGUCUUUCGCAUUGGUGAAGUGCGAAAAAUUGACAACAAUCGUGCACUUUAUCAAGUCGAUCUCAAACUUACGUCAGAUGAUGAUCCACAACUUCGAGAAUUAACUGACUUUAUACGAAAAGAGGUCAGCGGCACUGGAUGGUAUCGAAUGGGGCAAUUGUUACUACAAAUAGGUCAAUUUGACAAGGCCGAAGAACUAUAUAUGGCACUAUUGGAACAGGCAUCAGAUGAUAGUGAUAGAGCAGAUAUUUAUUAUCAGCUUGGAUGGGUGAAAAACGACCAAGGACAAUAUGAAGAAGCAGUUGCAUUUUACGAACAAUCUCUGAAAAUCUAUCGAAAAACUCUUCCGGAAGAUGAUCUUUCAUUAGCUCCUACGUACAAUAAUAUUGCUCAAGUGUAUAAUGACAUGGGUGACUACUCGAAAGCACUUGAAUUUUACGAAAAAACACUUAAAAUCGACGAGAAAACUCUCCCUUCGAAUCAUCCCUCAUUGGCUACUUCGUACAACAACAUCGGUCUAGUCUAUAAUAACAUGGGUGACUACUCGAAAGCACUUGAAUUUUACGAAAAAUCACUUGAAAUACGAAAACAAGCUCUGCCUUCGAAUCAUCCUGAUUUGGCUGCUUCGUACAACAACACUGGUCUAGUGUAUAACAACAUGGGUGACUACUCGAAAGCACUUGAGUUUUACGAAAAAUCACAUACAAUCUUGGAAACAGCUCUGCCUUCGAAUCAUCCUCAUUUGGCUACUUCAUACAGCAACAUCGGUCAAGUGUAUAAUAACAUGGGUGACUACUCGAAAGCACCUGAAUUUUACGAAAAAUCACUUGAAAUACGAAAACAAGCUCUGCCUUCGAAUCAUCCUGAUUUGGCUACUUCAUACAACAACAUCGGUCAAGUGUAUAAUAACAUGGGUGACUACUCGAAAGCACUUGAAUUUUACGAAAAAUCACUUGAAAUACGAAAAAAAGCUCUGCCUUCGAAUCAUCCUGAUUUGGCUACUUCAUACUGCAAGAUCGGUCUAGUGUAUAAUAACAUGGGUGACUACUCGAAAGCACUUGAAUUUUACGAAAAAAAUCUAGAAAUCACAAAAAAAGCUCUGCCUUCGAAUCAUCCUGAUUUGGCUACUUCAUACAGCAACAUCGGAGGAGUGUACAAGAACAUGGGUGACUACUCGAAAGCACUUGAAUUUUACGAAAAAUCACAUAAAAUCUACGAAAAAGCUCUGCCUUCGAAUCAUCCCUCAUUGGCUACUUCAUACAACAACAUUGGUGGAGUGUAUAAUAACAUGGGUGACUACUCGAAAGCACUUGAAUUUUACGAAAAAUCACUUGAAAUACGAAAAAAAGCUCUGCCUUCGAAUCAUCCUGAUUUGGCUACUUCGUACAACAACAUCGGUCUAGUCUAUAAUAACAUGGGUGACUACUCGAAAGCAGUCGAAUUUUACGACAAAGAUCUAGAAAUCACAAAAAAAGCUCUGCCUUCGAAUCAUCCCUCAUUGGCUACUUCAUACAACAACAUCGGUCAAGUGUAUAAUAACAUGGGUGACUACUCGAAAGCACUUGAAUUUUACGAAAAAUCACUUGAAAUUAAAGAAAAAGCUCUGCCUUCGAAUCAUCUCGAAUUGGCUACUUCAUACAACAACAUCGGUGGAGUGUACAGCGACAUGGGUGACUACUUGAAAGCACUUGAAUUUUACGAAAAAUCACAUCAAAUCUUCGAAAAAGCUCUGCCUUCGACUCAUCCCUUAUUGGCUACUUCCUAUAACAACAUCGGUCAAGUGUAUAAUUACAUGGGUGACUACUCGAAAGCACUUGAAUUUUACGAAAAAUCACAUCAAAUCUUCGAAAAAGCUCUGCCUUCGAAUCAUCCCUCAUUGGCUACUUCAUACAGCAACAUCGGUCAACUGUAUAAUAACAUGGGUGACUACUCGACAGCACUUGAAUUUUACGAAAAAUCACUUGAAAUAAGAAAAAAAGCUCUGCCUCCGAGUCAUCCUGAUUUGGCUACUUCAUACAGCAACAUCGGUCAAGUGUAUAAUGACAUGGGUGACUACUCGAAAGCACUUGAAUUUUACGAAAAAUCACAUAAAAUUAAAGAAAAAGCUGUGCCUUCGAAUCAUCCUAAUUUGGCUGGAAGUCAUUUGAGUUUUGCAGUAUGUUACGAAAAAAUGGGUGAUUACACAACAGCUCUUAAAGCCCUUAAAAAUGCUUAUGAAAUUCAGCAAAAAGCUUUUGAAGAAGGUAAUGCAGCUUUUUCUUUUACCUACAGUAGGUUAGGAAGAGUUUAUCGCAGUAUGAAAGAUUAUUCAAAGUCACUUGAUUACUUUCAAAAAUGCCUUGCAAUAGAUAAAAAAACACUGCCUGAAAAUCAUCCGGAUUUUGGUAUUACAUAUAGUAAUAUUGGUGAUGUUCAUCGUUUAAUGGGUGAUUAUGAAAAGGCAAUUACAUUUCAUCGAAAAGCAUUAAAUAUUCAAGAAAAUGUUCAAUGUAAUCCUCUCGAAUGUGCAACGACAUAUAUAAAUUUAGGUGAAACAUAUCGUCAAAUGAAAGAUUAUACAACGGCAUUGACAUAUUAUCAAAAAGGAUUAGAAAUACGUGAAAAUAAACUACCAAAAAAUCAUCCUGAUUUAGCUGUAGUAUAUCACAAUUUGGCAAAAUUAUAUUUAUCUACUCGACAAUAUAAUAUGGCAAUGAAAAAUGUUCAACAAGCCGUAGAAAUUGCUCAAGAAAAAUUACCUUCAAAUCAUCCUCAUAUUUUAGAAUAUAAAGAAACAUUUGAAAAAAUUCGAAAGAAAAUGUAA